GCCGUGCUGCUAAAAGGCCCUGGUUUAUUGGACUCCGGCGAAUCAGCAUAUAGCCUAGUCGACAUGAAGAAGGAUCGGCCCUCACCCGCCUCCAUUACAGUAGUUCUCUGCUCAAUAGACUAAAUAGAAAAAGAAAAAAAACAAAAGGAACAGCUGCCUCCCCCACGUGGCCCGUUUGAAGUUCUUUGAGCUUGCCUGUCCACUCCAGAUCUUGUCUGAAGACAUCUUCCUUCGCCAAAAGAAAAAGAUUCAUCGGCAUGACGAACGAGAAGGCAGAGGCCUAUACGGCUUACGACAGGGAGCAAGCAAGUCCUCAUGGGUCAACGUUCGAGGAGCAGGAAGUUUUCAAAAAGACCGAUACUGGGGUCAACUUCCGCAAGGUAGGCUGGUUCAAUGCGGGCGUGAUCUUCAUCAAGAUCCUCUUCGCGACAGGGGUGUUAUCCCUGCCAUCAGCACUAUACUCCCUGGGAGCUGUAGGGGGUUCAAUCAGUAUUGUGGCUUGGGGAUGCUUUAACACUUAUUGUGCCGUGAUUCUAGGCAACUUUCGCACGAGACACCCUCACUGCCAUUCGAUCGCUGACAUGGCUGAGGUCCUCGGCGGCGUAGUUGCGAAAGAAGCGACGGGUCUCUUAUUCAUCAUUGCCUACAUCCUGGUGACGGGCAGCGGUAUUAUUGGCGUGACUACCGCGCUGAAUGCCCUUUCCCACCACGCUACGUGCACCGUUUGGUGGUCUUUGAUAGCCACGGUCAUCAUCAUCGCAACUGCCUGCAUUCGCAAGCUUGAACAUGUGGGCUGGCUCACCUACGCUGGAUUUAUAUCCAUAUAUGCCGCUGUGCUGAUCGUUGUGAUCGGAGUAACAACCCAAGACCGCCCAGCUGCUGCACCUCAGGAGGGGCCCUAUGAGUUGGGUUUUGUUGCGGUUAAUAACCCUGGAUUUGCAGCCGGCAUGGUUGCCUCCUGUACGAUCUUCGUUUCAUCGGCGGGCACCAGCGCCUUCCUGCCUGUGAUCUCGGAGAUGCGCAACCCGAAGGACUACAAGAAGCCACUUUAUUUCUGUAUGGCUCUCGUCACCGCGUCGUACCUCGCUUUUAGCUUGGUCGUCUACCGCUGGUGUGGGAAGUGGGUGGCGAGCCCAUCGCUGGGGAGCGCGGGACAAACAAUCAAGAUGGUGUCUUACGGAGUUGCGCUGGUGGGGUUGAUCGUGAGCGCUACCCUGUACCUGCAUGUGGCUGCCAAAUAUGUCUUCGUGCGUAUUUUAGGAAAUUCGCGGCACUUGCAGGCCAACACGGUCAUCCACUGGGGAACCUGGGUUGCAAGCACGGUCAUUCUCGGUGCCCUUUCGUUCAUUCUGGCCGAGGCGAUCCCGAUCUUUAAUUAUCUGAUUGCCCUUGUGGGCUCGGUAUGUUUUGCCCCACUUGCCAUGAGUCUUCCGGGCUGCUUGUGGCUCUAUGACCAUUGGCACUACAAGAAUGGAACGUUGAAGGAGAAGGUUGUAUUCCUGCUUCAUUGUGGCCUGGUGCUACUGGGCCUGUUCUUUUUAGUCGGAGCGACAUAUGGCGUCGUUAUUCAGAUCAUUGAUGCCUAUAGUUCUGGAACCAUUGGAUCGGCAUUCAGCUGUGCUGAUAACUCAAAUUCGUCUUGAAAAUAGCGCACUGGCGCUAUAUUAGAAGGAAGGCACUAGGUAGGCUUACUGGUGCCUCGUAAAGAAGACCGAAUACUCUGUGGUUAGACCAAUUUAUAGUAAAUAUCUAGCGGGUGGAUCCUGGCGGCAAUGACGGAAGCGAUUUGU